AUGGAUCGCCUACCCUUGGGGGUGCGGCUAUUCACCGCUGCCUCAGCAUUGAUUUUAAUGGUUGGGAGCAUUGCUUCUGUUGCAGCCCCUGCGGAUUACACCAGCUGCAUUGUCUCUCUUUACCUCAUUUGCUUUUCUUCUAUCUGCUUACUGUGCGAGUUUUCGCCUUAUGGACUAAACGUCCUUAUGGGCAUAUGCCCUUUAUUGGGGGAGUAUUUCUUCAGGGGUCUUCUCUACAUCAUGGUCGGACUGCUGCCUCUCGGCAUCGACACGUUGGGCCUCUGGGGUGGCAUCUUGAUGAUCAUAUCAGGAACAUUAAAUAUCUUGAUCCACGCUUUGUUGCCAGUUCAUCCGUACAACUUCUAUGGUCGCCGCACCUCUGACCCUGGUGAUGACGAGGAAGGGAGGUUCAGCGACGAGCCCGAGACCGAUGAUACUGGCCCAUUAAGGUAG